CAAAAACGGUCAGGCAGCCACGUUGCAAGAGACUUGUACUCUUAUUAUUGUCUUUGUUCUCCAGACCGCAUGGGGGCGCUACAGCGCAAACACAAGACAACCUCAUACCAGAAGUAGGAAGCCAAACAGUUCCGACAGUUUACCGAACUUCACUUAUAACAUCUCAUCGUUCAAAAAAACACUUUUGCAGAAAUAAAAAAAAUGUAAUGGAAAAGGAAGACCGCAGCUUUUAAUUAAAUAGCCUCAGGCGUUGGUAUUUCUCAGCCUCCAUCCAACGAGACUCGAGGUUACGACCAACAACAUUGCAAGUCAUCAUUAUACAUUUUAAACUCAACUAGUUUUCUAGUUAUCUCAGGGAUUAAAUCCCUAUGCUAUGGACGAGGACUCUGAAGACCCGUCCAGCCCGUCUCCAUCCUGCUCCACUGAACCCCAACCCACGGUGUCCCCGGGUCCUGACAGGAACCAUGGCAACCAGGAGGACAGUAACCAUGGUGAUCAGAAAGACACACCGCAAGGUCAGGAGAGGGUUACUGUGAGUCUGGACAUCAACAGUGAAACACCAACAUUUAAUAUCGUAGUCAAAGAAGAAGAAGAAGACUGGGAACUAGAUAAUACAGGAGAGAGUCCCAGCCAUCACUCUGCAGCCGGGGAGAGUCCCUCUACAUCAGGAGAACCUGAACAACACCAGAUGAAACGCAGAACGAGGCAGAAAAAGACGCACCCAUGCCCAGAUUGUGGGAAAUACUGCCAGACAUUAUCGGCGCUACAAAUACACAUGAGAACCCACACAGGAGAGAAGCCUUACGCUUGCUUUGUGUGUAAGAAAACAUUCAUUAUUAGACAAGCUUUGAAAACACACCAGCGAACACACACAGGAGAGAAGCCUUAUACCUGCUCUGAGUGUGGGAAGGGCUUCGCUCAUCAAUGUAGUUUGAGAUACCAUCAAAAGAGGAAUUCUGAACAGAUUAAAACAGACCCGAAUGAGAAGAUGACCUGCUGCUGUGGACAAGAGUUCUCCUCAAAGUGCGUUCUGGAGGUUCACUUGAAGACGGACACGGGAGCCAAGCCUUACACCUGCUGUGUGUGUGGCAAGAGGUUCAAUAAAGAAUCAUUGAAAGAACACCAGCGAUCCCACACAGGAGAGAUGCCUUACUCUUGCUCUUUCUGUGGCAAGGGUUACUACCACAAACCGGCUUGGAAAGCCCACGAGCGAACGCACACCGAGGAGAAGCCCCUGUGCUCCGUGUGCGGACGGACCUGCUCUAGUAAGUAUACGUUAAAAGUCCACGAGCGAACGCACACAGGAGAGAUGCCUUUCCUCUGCUCUGAGUGUGGCAAGGGCUUCAUCAGUAAAGGAUUCCUGAUGACCCACGAGCGAUUCAACUGUUCCGGGGGAGAAGAACGACGGCAACCGAAGAGGUUUCACAAGUGUCCGGACUGUGGGAAGGAGUUCACACAAGCAAACAAACUGGAGAGACACGUGAGAACACACACGGGAGAGAGGCCUUACCAGUGCUCUGUGUGUGGGAUGAGGUUCAACCAGAAAGGGAAUCUCAAAACGCAUUUUAAAGUGCACACAGGCAGGGAUCCCAGUUUGCUGCCUGACAUGGACAUGAGGACGACUUCUUCAGAAGCAGCGAAACAGCCUCCGGAUAACAGACAUAAUGUUGGGAAACCACAACAAUUCCUGAAUCAGAUUGGCAAGGAGGGAACCCACAACCAUCCGGCACCACAAACCCACAACCUACCGGCACCACAAACCCACAACCUACCGGCACCACAAACCCACCACCUACCGGCACCACAAACCCACCACCUCCCGGCACCACAAACCCACAACCUACCGGCACCACAAACCCACAACCUACCGGCACCACAAACCCACAACCUACCGGCACCACAAACCCACAACCAUCCGGCACCACAAACCCACAACCAUCCGGCACCACAAACCUACAACUAUCCGGCACCACAAACCCACAACCUACCGGCACCACAAACCCACAACCAUCCGGCACCACAAACCCACAACCAACCGGCACCACAAACCCACAACCAACCGGCACCACAAACCCACAACCAUCCGGCACCACAAACCCACAACCAUCCGGCACCACAAACCCACAACCUUCCGGCAGCAGCGCAGAGGGGGGGAAGCCACCACCUCCCGGCAGCGCAGAGGGAGGGAAGCCACCACCUCCCGGCAGCGCAGAGGGAGGGAAGCCACCACCUCCCGGCAGCGCAGAGGGAGCCACAGAAACCCACCAUGUCCCCCAGGGGAGAAAAACACCACCUCUGCCCUGAAUGUGGCAAGACUUACACCCGGGAAUACGACCUCCGAGUCCACCUCAGAACGCACACGGGAGAGAGACCGUACCGGUGUUAUGACUGCGGGAAGGCCUACGCCCGGAAAAACAAUCUCCAACAACACCGGCGGUCGCAUGCUCCCAAGCCCACGGGACCGACCCGCCAUUUAGGCAGACCACCCAGGGUGGGCUCUAGUAGUGGAAGGUCCAACCAAUCACCCAGGGUAGGAAGAGCUAAGCAAAAAAUGCAUACAUCAAUGGACUCUGAAGACCCGUCCAGCCCGUCUCCAUCCUGCUCCACCAAAACCCAACCCACGGUGUCCCCGGGUCCUGACAGGAACCAUGGUGACCAGGAGGACAGUAACCAUGGUGAUCAGAAAGACAAACAGCAAGGUCAGGAGAGGGUUACAGAGAGAGUCCCAGCCAUCACUCUGCAGGCGAGGAGAUGCCCUCAACAUCAGGAGAACCUGAGAGAGAGUCCCAGCCAUCACUCUGCAGCCGGGGAGAGACCCUCUACAUCAGGAGAACCUGAGUCUGACUCAGUCUCACUGACUAUCUGUCCUGUCUCAUCCCUACAGGAGAGAGUCCAAGCCAUCACUCUGCAGCCGGGGAGAGACCCUCUACAUCAGGAGAACCUGAGAGAGAGUCCCAGCCAUCACUCUGCAGCCGGGGAGAGUCCCUCUACAUCAGGAGAACCUGAGUCUGACUCAGUCUCACUGACUAUCUGUCCUGUCUCAUCCCUACAGGAGAGAGUCCCAGCCAUCACUCUGCAGGAGAGAGUCCUAGCCAUCACUCUGAAGCUGGGGAGAGACCCUCUACAUCAGGAGAACCUGAGAGAUUAUCCCAGCUCCUGGUCCACUGGUGAGGGGAGUCCCUGUACAUCGGGAGAAGCGGAACAACACCAGGAGAACCACGCGGACGUCACAUCUCACGGCUGCCUCGUGUGCGGCGAGGAACACUCUAACCUCCCAGAACUACACAAACACAUGAGAUCUCACACGGGAGAAAAGCGCCUCGCCUGCCCUGUGUGUGGCAAGACUUACCCCAGAGAAUUUGACCUCAAAGUCCACCUCAGAACACACACAGGAGAGAAACCCCACGAGUGCAUCGAAUGCGGCAAGAGCUUCGUUCGUAAACAAGGGCUCCGGCAGCACCAGAGGACACAUGACGCCAAGCCCAUCGGACCGACCCGCCAGUUAGGCAGGCCAAAGCAGUUAACCAGGGCUCAAAUGUCCAAGAAAGUGCCAAAGAUGGAGAGUGACGCAGGACUGCCAUUUGAUGAACGCCAACAGUCAAAAUGGCGGAGUCCUGGCUGUAACCAUGGUGACCAGAGCAGCAGACUCCAGGGUCCCGAGACGGUCCAUAGAUGUAACAUUGUAUUCAAAGAGGAGCCAGAAGGUGACGACCAUGCACCUUGUGGUCAGAUUAAUACUGGAAUGAGUCCUGCCUCCAGCCACGGCAGUGAGGAGACUACCUCUACAUCAGGAGAACCUGAGCAACACCAGGAGAACCACGACACAGCCACGACGUCUCACCGGGAGACUCAUCAGACAGAAAAAUCGUCUCACCGGGAGACACAUCAGACAGAAAAAUUGUCUCACCGGGAGACACAUCAGACAGAAAAAUCGUCUCACCGGGAGACUCAUCAGACAGAAAAAUCGUCUCACCGGGAGACUCAUCAGACAGAAAAAUCGUCUCACCGGGAGACUCAUCAGACAGAAAAAUCGUCUCACCGGGAGACUCAUCAGACAGCCACGUCGUCUCACCAGGAGACUCAUCAGACAGCCACGACGUCUCUCCGGGAGACUCAUCAGACAGAAAAAACGUCUCACCGGGAGACUCAUCAGACAGAAAAAUCGUCUCACCGGGAGACUCAUCAGACAGCCACGUCGUCUCACCACUGCUGCUGUGCCUGUGGACAGGAGUUCCCUGGUGCCUAUGACCUCAUGCUACACCAGAGGACUCACUACAUAAGGAACAGAGUUCCAUGUGAGACACAUACCAUGACUGCACACCAGCAAACAUCCGCUGUGAAGAGAGAGCGUGGUCACACUGAGGAGGAGGAGGAGGAGGAAGGAGAGGAAGUUGGUGGAUUUAUUAAACGUGAAGAAGCAGCUACUUGGGAUCCUCCUCAACUCGGAAUGAGUCCUGCCUCCAGCCACGGCAGUGAGGAGACUACCUCUACAUCAGGAGAACCUGAGCAACGCCGGGAGAACCACGACACAGCCACGACGUCUCACCACUGCUUUGGCUGUGGACAGGAGUUCCCUGCCGCCUACGACCUCCUGUUACACCAGAGGACACGCAUGGAGAGAGGCUUCUACAAGUCUGUCUGUGGAGAGCUGUUCUACCAGAAAGAGUUACUCAAAACACACCAUCAGAAAGUUGACACAGGAAUACCUGGACAACACCGGACGAAUCCCAAAGCUAAGAAGUCUCACGACUGUGUCGUGUGUGGAAAACAACUAUCGGAAGCAAUGAAGCUGAAGAGGCACAUGAGAACACACACGGGAGAGAAACCUCACGGCUGCUCCGUGUGCGGCAGAGGAUUCACGCAGAAAGGAAAUCUGAAAACACACAUGAAAACACACAGAGGGCUGAACCCCAAAUUGUGGUCGGCAGGAGAGGACAGUCCCUCGACAUCAGGAGAACCUGAACAACACCAGAAGAACCACACAGCUAAGACAUUUCAGAAUUGCAUAGAAUGUGGGGAGAUGUGCCAAACUCUACCAGCACUAAAAAAACACAUGAAAACUCACACCAGUAAGAAGCCGUCUUACCAAUGUUCCCUUUGCGGGGUGGAAUUCACUGAGAAAGGGCAAAUCCAAGACCACCAGUUACAGCAUGUUGGAGAGAAGCCGUACUCCUGCCCUGACUGUGGGAAAUGUUUCGUCAAUGAAAGCUACAUUAAAAUUCACCAGCGAACACACACUGGAGAGAGACCCUACAGCUGCCUUGUGUGUGGAAAUAGUUUUGUGAAAAAAGCAUACUUAAAAAGUCACGUACUGACACACACUGGAGAGAAGCCAUACCUUUGCGCCAUCUGCGGGAAGACAUACAGUCGAGAAGGAACUUUCAAAAUCCACCAGAGAGUUCACACGGGAGAGAAACCGUACCUGUGCACUGAAUGUGGGAAGCGUUUCAGCUGUAGAGCAAACCUUUAUUCGCACAACAAGAGACACGCUGGCAAACCCAUAGGACCUAAACGUCAGCUAGGCAGACCGAAGCAGCUGCCAAACUGACAAUGGGACAGGACAAAUGAACUUGUGUAGUGUCUCUCCUGAUCACCAACAAAAUAGUUAUGUUCCAUCUUGAUUAUGCAUUUCUCAUAAACGGACAUAAAACAAUACAAUAUUAAGCGUCUGUGGAUGUCUGAAAGACUGAAGAUUUGUCAGCACCUGGACCUAAACAGCAGUUAGGCAGACCCAAGAAACUGCCAUAGGGGAAACAGUGCUGGUUAAAUUAACUUACGCAGUGACUUCAUUUUGUCUAAGACGUCACAGCAGAGUUGAAAAAUAUAUGGCCCGUGGAAAUCAAGAGAGUGGUGGUCUACAGAGAGAGGUGGUCUACAGAGAGAGA